GUAGACUGGCUGAUUCACUCUGCAGUACAUGAUUGAUAGCUUUUCAGCAGCCGGAAGCAGUCGCCGCUGACAGGUGGUGACACACCACUGCGGCUGCAGAGACGGAGCAGAGGUUCGCACUGGCCACGUGGCACGGCGAGGCUGCAGACCGACCGCAUUACCGGAGGCUGCCGCGGCGAGUCGGAGAGAGACUGCCGGUCCGAUACACGCCGCUGUGCCGGAGCUCACCUUCGACAGUAGUAGGACAGUUCUGAGAAUGGUUGCAGGAGAUGGUCAGGGGAAGAAUAUUGAUGAUCUCCCAGAUGAAAUAAUACUAGAUGUAUUUUCAUUCUUCAGUUUUAAUGAGCUUAUAGACAUCUUGCAAAAUGUGUGUGUGCGAUGGAAGAGAUUGGCACACGACCCGGUGCUCUGGCGUGACAAAGAGUAUAUCAUCAGAGGAAGGGCACAGAACGGGAGGAGCUGCUGCGGUGUCACCUGCUCCGAGUGCGCCCACUGCAGGUGUGAGAAGACGGACAGAGAGGUCUUACGGACAGCCGGUAUGAUGCCACAACUCCGGACACUUACGAUGAUGCGCGGUACCAGAGCUCGCAUCUUACGUAAGAUCUGCAGGAACUGUCCGAAUCUCACAACUUUGCAGCUUCACGGCUGUCAGAAGAUGAACUACUCGCUCCUGAAGUACAUAUUUGAGAAGUGUCCGAAGAUAGAGAAGCUGAUAAUCGCCAACAACUUACUGGCCGACCGACAGUACGCGGAGUUGGUGUCGCGCCUGGAACACUUGCAGAGCCUGGAAGUGUUCGAGAAUCGGAGAGGUGCGGGGCCCGUGGUGCUGCGCUUCCUGGCAGCCACCUGCUCGAAGUUGCGGGAGAUAAACCUCAGCUGUGACUACCACCCACUGGAGGACGUCGAGUACUUUGUGAAGGCCAAGAGGGACACACUCACUUCUGCCACCGUGCGCUGGACCAUGGCGGGGAAGAGGCCCGGCUGCCUACCACUGCUGCAGAAGUUGGACCUGCCGCACGCCACCGACCUCCCGGAUGACGCGGUGGUCACCAUUUCUCGGGGGUGCCCGCCACUGCGCCACCUGAGCCUGACUUUUGCGACGAGUCUCACAGACGGAGCACUUGCCGAGAUCCACCGUCUUAAACACUUACAGAUACUGGAUCUUUCAGGAUGCAGUGGGCUGGGCGGAUCUGCCGUGGCGCACGUGGCGCAGCUGGCGGCCCUCUGCACGCUGCUCCUGCAGUACAUUGACGACCUGACAGAGCUGCAGCCGAGCCUACGGCACGUCCUGGACUUGAAGCAACUACGCUGCCUCGACAUCCUGUACAGCGGCCACAUCAGAGCUGUGGCAUUUGAAGAAUUUUCUGUCAGGCUCGUGAACCUCAGAGAACUACAUGUGACAUAUGAGGAAGAGGAUGAGGUUUUCUACAAAAAUGUUUUUGCUGAGAUGCAGAGUCAAAUGCCUCGGCUCAGAAUAAUUAAUACUUUCCGAUGGACAGAGAAUGACUUCCUAACAGAUUACGAAACGGAUGAUGAUGAUGACACCGACAUAGGGUACUGAGAAAUAAUUUUGGUUUUCAGACUGCAGAGUGUAACAUUGGAGCCCCUGGAUGAGUGAACUGUUUGAAAAGCAAGUAAAAGACGAAAUAUGGAUUUAUGAAAUUAUUGUAUAAGAGCAAAGAAAGUGUUGGCCGAAAUA